AUGAUAGUUAUUAUUAUUUCAAAAUUGUUAAUAUUAAUCCUUCUAUAUAAUAAACAGUGUGCAUUGUCUAAUGUAUGUACUUCACAGAUAAACACGAGUAUAUUUAACUGUUCCGGUAGACAUCUUACCGAGAUUCCUGGAUUUAUACAUGAAAGUGUUAGCGAGUUGGAUUUAUCCUAUAAUCUACUUGAAAUACUCCAUGAGGAUAGUUUUACUCGGUUACGUAAUAUUCGUAAAUUAAUUUUGGCUUACAAUAGGAUUUACAAAAUAACUGAACGUGCUUUUCUACCUAUUGCAGAUACUUUAAUAUGGUUGGAUUUACGAUUCAACCAACUGACAUCAAGUAUUCAUGCCCCGUUCCCAGUGACAGCAUUUUCUCAACUUAUUCAUGUGGAAUACUUAGAUUUAUCGGGGAAUGCUUUAGGAUUUUUACCGGCUAGAUUUUUAUAUCAUGUCGGGGCAAGUUUGAAUCGUCUCCAGAUGAGUUCAAUACCAAAACGAAUUCAUCUUGAACAGGAUACAUUUUAUGGAUUAAAUCAGCUGCAUUAUUUAAAUUUAGCUAAUAAUACAUUUGCAAAUCUAAUGGAAGAUGCACUGCGUGGAUUGACACCUGAACACUUUUCUUACUUUAAUUUAGAUGGUGUCAAAUGGAUAUGUGAUUGUCAGAUAGUAUGGUUUCGUCGAUGGUUAAGUCGAUUGCCGAAAAAAGCUACACAUUUUAGUUUAAAACCAGGCGGUGAAUGCGGUUCUCCAGGACAAUAUCAAAGUAUACCAUUAAUGUAUAUAAAUUUAACUUCAUUACAGUGUGAACCAGAAUUGAUGAGUACAAUACCGUCAUCAUCAACGUCAUCUUAUCGAAAUCAUCCUGUCAAGUCAAAUUCAAAUCUUACUGAUCAUGCAACACCUAUUGAUGUUUAUGGUUUUCAAGAUCAUAAUUUAACUCUAGUUUGUUCAUUUAUCAGUGAACCAAAAAUGCAGAUUCAAUGGUUUCAUAAUGGUGUACUCAUACAACCACAUUGGUCACGUGUUAUACAAACUAUUAGCCCUGGCAUAAAAUUUAUCACUACACUAUACUUUGAACAUUUGGAUAAAAAUAGAGAUGAAGGAGAAUAUAAAUGUCAAACAAGUAAUCAUAAGGGUUAUGCAUCGGCAACAUUCCAUGUACAUGUUCAAAAGUCAAAUGAACAAAUUAAUGCAUUCAAACUUUUCGAUAAUGAUGAUAAUAAUAAUAAUUUUCAUAAAAAUAGCCAAUUUAAUAAUAAUAAUUUAUUUAAUCCAAUUAUAAUUACAAUAGGUAUCAUUUUAUUUAAUAUUACAUUUAUUAUAAUUGGUUUGUGUAUAUUAAAAUGUGUGUACAAUAGACGCGCGCAUAUGCGUAACCAUAGUAAAAAUCGAUUAAUUAAAACAACGGAAGACAACAUCGAACAUUUAAAUGUCAGCUACACAAAAUCAAUAACUUCAAGUUAUACUCCAGUCAUAGAUAAUAUAUCUCAAGUAAAUGUAUUGAAUAAUUUAGAUCCUGUUGUUAAUAAUAAUAAUAAUAAUACAGAGAUAGUAAGUGAUCUCUUACCAAUGUUAUCAUAUUUACCUGAUGAAAAUUUAACGCAUUUACAAAUGAAUCAUAUGACACCGUACACAAAUAAUAAAUUAUCAAAUAUAAAUGACCUCAGUAUUUAUAAUAUUCCAAAUAAUAAUGAUAACAGUUUUAAGUAUACAUUACAAACAAAAUUAACACAUCAUUCAAUGAAACAAGAGUCGCCGUCACCACAAAGUAGUGAUAUGGGUUAUUUAACAUCGAAUGCUUCCCAGAAUUGUGAUAGUCUAACAGAAUAUAACUCAAAUUCAAAUCAUAUAGAUUCUGCUGCGUCGAUAAAAUCAUCAGUGAAACCUAAAAGUUAUUAUAAACUAGGCAUUAUGUCGAGAAGUCAUUCACCAGAAUUAAUUUAUUUCCCGGCUAAUACAAAUUCUGUUAGAAUAAUACCACAAACUACUUAUUCACUUUUCAGUAGUCCAACUACACCAGAACGAUUAACUUAUACUCUAUCUGAAGAACCAACUACCUCUAAAUACCAGUAUGAUAAGUGUGAUAUGCUACUGGGGGAAUGCGAUAAAUUCAUCAGCGAGAAUCUUCCAUGUCCAAUUCAUGGACUAAGCGGUGUAAAUGACGAAAAUGAUGUACUCAGUAGUAUUGAUAUAUCGUGUAAAAUGCAUUCAAUAAAAAGUCAGCAUAUCAUGUCCAACUGUCCAAUUCAUGGGGAUAAAAAGAAAACUCUGCAAAGUUGUAAUAAAUUGGAUGGUAAUCGAAAUAAAAUUAACCCACGUAAAUUAUCAACUGUAAAAUAUUCAAGUUUAAAAAUGGAUUAUUGUAAUAGAAGUUUAAUGGAAUCGAUGAAAAUGACUACACUGAAUGGAGGACAACGUAGAAGUAUGAAAAAUUUACUCAAUAAUAAUAGCAGUGAUAAAUAA